UCUCAAAAUCAACAUUCAAGAACUUCCGCAGGAUUUUCUUGGAGAAGCACUUCUUCUUCUUCUUUACUUGAGAGCAUUUUGUAAAGUUCAUCGACAAAGGUUCCGAUGGCAGAUAACGUUGAUCUGGAGCGAUUUGAUUACGAUUCAGGCUUGCCAAUCUUCAUUUGUGCAAAUUGCUAUACUCACUUUGCUUCUCCGCCCGGAGAUUGCACAACAAAUUUAUUCAAACGGACAAUUUUACUUCCAGAAAUACAAUGUAGAAACUUAGUCAUUCGGCCUCCAGGGCACCAGUUUCUUCAUUGCAAUGGCACUACCUGGCACGCAAGGCUGUAUUGUAGACAAUGCUACUCGGAGAUGGGCUACCAAAUUGUUCGUGAAGAUAAUCCCAAUAGAACAGACCAAGUAGGGAUGAUUGGUCUAUAUAUGUCUAUGAUGCUGCUUUGGAAUGGACACGAUCUGUUUGCUUUAGCGCAAUGCCUGCCAAAGGAGCCUCCACCACUACCACAUCAAAAUGCUGAGCCACCAUUAUACUUGUGUAGAGAUUGCAAUACCCAAUUUGCUUCCAAUAACGAACUAUCCAAGAUAGAUUUCAAGGUUCCGAGAAUCUUCUUUGAAUCCAGUAUGAACUUGGUCGUAGAUCCUCUAGGCCGCCAUAUUCCACAUAUGAAUGGCACUACGUGGGUAGCAAUUGUGAGAUGUAGCGGAUGCAACAAGAUUCGGGGCAUGAGCAUUGUUCGCGAAGACAAUCCAGAUGAUGUUGAACGAGAAGGAUUUGUUGGUCUGGAUAUGACCUUGCUGAAUAUUUGGAAUGGUUCUGGCCGUGAGGUGUUUUCUUUAAUGAGACGCUUGCCAAUGUUAAAGGACCUGCCCCAGGUUCCCUCAGACUCAUCCACAACCAGCACCCCCAGUUAUACCUCAAGUUCAAGUGAAAUGCCCCUUACUGGUUCCUCAAGUUCAGUUGAAAUGCAAGAGUCCCUUACUGGUUCCCCAAUUUCAGCUGAAAUGCAACUGUCCCUUAAUGGUUCCUCAAGUUCAGUUAACAUGCAACAGUGAUUGCAGAGGAUAUCUUAGAAGUUGAGUUGGACUUGGCCUAAAAUUGUAGUACAGGCUCACAGACUCAAGUUUACAUUUGCUUUGGUUGAUUCUCAUUCUCCUUGUACUUGAAUUGAACUGGGAAGAAAAACUUAUUCAAGA